CCUGUGACUCGCAUAACGCAGCCUACAGUAGUGUGGUGGGGCGGGCGGUCCUGCUCCUCAACCACUUACAGAGCUCUCUCUCUCCCACGACAGCCCAUGGCAGCAGCAGACAGACAUGGGCAUCUUCUCCCUCCUCGUCGUUACCUCCAUCCUGUGUGCUUGGUUGCGCGCUUCUUCUUUUUCUCUUCUCCCUCUCUCUGUUUCUUUGUUUACUGUACAUACAUCAUCAACUCAUAUAGCCGGUCAGCUCCUCCAAACGCUUUGUACCCACGCGUUUGCUGUCACAACUCCUUCUACCCUUUCUUCUCGUUACAGAGUCGUCCCUAUUCAACAGCCGACUGCUUGUAAACAAACCUCGUCACUUUUUCUUCCCCAGUAACAACAGCAAGCUGUCCAUUUUGCGCCUACAGGCAUCGCCAACCAUUGCCCACAGCUUCGCACUUCCCCCAGCCCGUUUGUAAAGCCAGGUAUCCAUAUCUACUUGGGCGGCGUUAUUAUCAGUUUGCUUCGUUGAUCCAGCUGUCUCAGCCUCCACCAUGGCCUUAGCAGCCGCGUAUCAGCAGUUUCUCGCUGCUCCUAAUCCCUCCCAUCUAGCUGAGAACGCGACUCUAAACUACAUCACAACUACCACGACCUUCAGGGGUCCCUCUGACAUCAUUCAGCAUCUCAAUACUCUGCGAAAGCAGAUUAAAAAAAAGAAGGAGAAUAUCCUCUCUCUUGUUCACGGCCAGAAUGCUAUUGCCAUUGAAAUCGAAACCGUACUUGAGUUUGUCACCUCUGGCGCUUCCUAUUUGCCGUCUCUCGACGACAAUUUCGUCACUGACCGUACCGUCUACAUUCCUAUUAUGCAUAUCGUUUCCUUUGAUGACAAUGGCACAAUUCUUAACAUCCGUCAGAGCUGGGACCAAGGCGCUUUACUGAAGCAACUCGACAUUAUUGGCAAGACUGGCCGCAAUUGGCCAAUUCGGGAUAGCAAGGAGCAGAUUAAGAUGAUAGAGAAUUGUGUCAAAGCUGCCACCGGCACAAGCUCAUCGGCCCAAAACUCGACUUCGGUAACAGACCGUUCUAGGGGCAAGCCGACAAGUGCUACACGAGACCCUCAUGCUUCACUUUCACUGUUUGAAUCGCGCGAGGAGCAGGAACAGGCCCUAGCAUCCGUCAUCUCUCCAAGAGGUGGAGCUCGCCCACGACAACGCGAUUUGAGUGAGAUCUUGAAUGAUGAAGAAGAUAAUACUCCUUCAUCUCCUAGCGCUGGACGGCAGCGAUCAAUUUCUCCCAGCAAAGGUAUCGCACCCCGAGCCGGCCCACGACCACGACAACGUGGUUUUGUCGAGAUCCUAGGAGAUGAGCCAGUGGGUGGUGCCGAAUCUUCAGUGGCCACUCCUGCUCCCAAAAUUGGAGCUGGUAAAAACUUCCAGCCAAGUCGCCUGUUUGAAGCUGAUGAAGCAGUGGAUGAAGACAAUUCACUUGAUGACAUCAAAUCCCCGGAGCGUUUCAUGAGGCCCCAUCCCUCGAAAUACGACCAUUUUGAAUUCACAGACGGCACUGAUCUCCCGGAUGAACCCCAACCAGAUCCUACCCCACGAAGGACGAAGCAUAAUAGCCAGUGGUCCUUCGAUGAUUUUGUCACACCCGCUAAGUUUAAGCCAACCAAGUCUCUUCGUCACCAGGAAACGCGUAAAUGGGAUGCAGACGAUGCGGACGCUGUCCAGACUUCAGACGUAGCGGCACACAAACCUCGUCGUGACGCUGAGCCACAUUUUGAAUUUAUCGACGACGGAGAGGCGCCGGCUGAUAAGCGCCCAAUACGCCCUCGUGGUGCUACGCACAACAGCGGCCUUGGUCUAUACCAGAAUAACUUAUACGAUGAGGAUGGGAAUGCGCCCGCAUCCACUGAGGCUCAGCCUCUUGGAUCUAUUACCAAUCUGAAGGACCGCGAUCGAGACUUCGAAGCUCAUUGGGCCAUGAAUGACAACCCAUCCCCUGACAAAGCCCAGGCCAACGUCACCGUAAGCGAUGAUCGUAAAAAGGCCGUUAAAAUGAUGGAGUCCAGUUGGGACGCGUAUGACGAAUCGCCGGUACAGAAAGAGAACAAGCCAAUUACCACUAGAAAUGGUGCCAAGAGGACCGACGAACGUGGUAUCGCCAUUGGCGGUGAUGGGAUGGGUGGCGGCAAAGGCUCCACGCGAAACUGGCUCUUCAGUGAUGAGGACGACACCCAACCGACUAAGCCUGUCCCGGGUAGAAAGCCGCCUCCUUCCAAGACCGGUGGCUUCAACUGGGAUUUCUAGGCGACCCGGGAUGCCUCAAUGCGCUGAAGGAGUAUCAUGGUGGCUCGCAGGGAUACCACCAGCAACUUCGUAAUGACCUUUAACGCUACUACGCCAAUAACGAGCCAUGAAGUCCAGUUAUGUAACCGUUGACCUAGCGGCUACUGUAGAAUUUUGGUCUUAUCAUUUUUUUUAUUGGAGCAUUUACAACAUAAGGAGGCGAGGUUGGCUUCGAUUGUAUUAUGACGCGUUAAACAAAACAAACUAAAAUGGAUAAUGAUGGAAACCAGGGACCUACUCCCUGUAUGAUGAACUUUUGCUUCUAGGUAUAUACUUCCUGUCGUCGGAGCCGCCGUGGCCUGGUUUCAACCCCAUGGUUUUGAGAUAAGGUAUUUGGCUCCAGUCAGUUAGCUUGUAGGAAAAGCCUGUCCUGUAUUGUAACCUUCCGACUCAUUCGGACUUGAAAACUAUCAUAAAAGCAGCUAAACGGUGGGUGUGCAAAUAAACGUUAUUUUGACAUCAACAUGAAUAUCACGUACCAAUUAUUUUCCGACACGAGUGAAGUAACUAAACUUCCAGGGAAUUCUGCCAACCCUGUCGAUGCUCUUGUCUACGUCUACUUCAUUCGA